AUGCCAGGCACCCUAGCGCUCAGGGAGAUCCGGAAGUACCAAAAGAGCACGGAGCCUGUUGUCCUCAGGCUCUCGUUCGGUCGGCUCGUGGCACUCGUCCGCUCUAGACGCACUUUUGGAGGCGAGCCAAGACUUCAUCGUGGGCCUCUUCGGAAAGCCAUCUUCCGCGUUGCGCACGGCAAGCGCAAGACCCUCCAGGUGAAGGACUUGGACCUAGCGCGCCGGAUCCGCGGGAUCCGCGACGACAACAACAAACUGCCUCUGCAGAGGGAGGUGCAGCACGGGCACUCCUACGACAAGAGGGAGUACUAUUCUCAGCUGCGUGCUGGCGCAGAGAGGUGGAAGCCGCCAAAGCAGAUCGAGCGGGAGGAGAGAGAGGCAAGGGAACGGGAGCGCGCUGCCGCUCAAGAGGCAGCGCAAGGCGGGGCUGAAACGUUCAAGGCGGGUGAAGAGAGAGGGAAGCAAGCGGGGAAGCAAGGGAAAUAG